AUGCAAAUGCUCUGGUUUCUUACAUUCGGAGCUUUCAUUGGAGCUAUAGCUUCUUCAGGCGAUGACCCAGAAACAAACCCAGCGUCGAGCAGCCCUGGGUCUGUCUCCUGGGGCCCGCGAGCCGAUUCAACAUCUAUGUCCCCGAAAAUCUCGUACAGUACAGCUGGAUUUGGUUCUAGAACGGCUUCACAUGGCACCGGGGUGGCUUAUCAGGGAAACAUUGGCAGCCCAUAUUGUAGCAAUAUCAUUGAGGUGACUGCUGCAAACGCGAAAGAAUACAAGUAUGUCGCACGUUUUGAAAGCUCAACAAUGGACGAAUGGUCCGUUGCCGUUUGGAACAAAAUUGGCCCUGAUGGAAAACAAGGGGGUUGGUUUAGUGAACCGUGCAAGACCUUUAUCCUCAAAUCUGGUUCUAUUCAAUAUGUUGCCUUUGACGAAGACUCUCAAGGGGGUUGGGCAGCUGCACCAGGCCCAUUCAUUCCAACGGAUAAACAAAGCGCUUUUGCUUCAACCUGGGGCGAGUUUGAUUUUGGCUCAGUGAUAAACACUAAGUGGUCAGGUUUCGAUGUCUCUGCCAUCGUUGCUCAAAACGCAGGCUUGGAUGUUCAGGGGAUGAGGAUAUGUGACGAGCUUACUCAAACUUGUUCAUCCAUCACUGCCAAUGCUGCAGCCAUCAACAACGCUUACACGCAAGAAAAUUUCGACCAAGGUGGUAUUGGUGGUAAAAUUACGCCUGGUCCGGUUAGGCUCAACGUAACUUUAGGUUAUUCCCACAAACCAGCCAGAUGA